ACUUCAAAUUUAAGAUUUAAAAGUUAGCGAAGUAGCUCUCAAAAUUUUGAAAUAUAGGAGGGGAAGUGACGUCGUUUCAAGAACAAUUGAGGAUAAAUUUUGGUUAGAAGUGAAGGGGGACGGAGCAAAAUUGAAAUGCAAGCCCUAGGAGGAGGAUAUCGAUUUGCAGAGCUGCUGCAACGGUCAUGGCGAAGAUCCACUGCCCUCCGAUCAUUUUCUUCUUCAUCCUCAUUCUACUCCGACCAGUCUCGUGGUGGUCUCCCUCGAUUCUUCUCCGAAGUUCUCCCUCCUUCCAAGGGUGGUAUUGUACGUGUACAGGGUGAUGAAUUCUGGCACAUGACUAAAAUUUUAAGAUUGAGUGUGAAUGAUAGGGUAGAGCUCUUCAAUGGGAAAGGAGGAUUGGUGGAAGGAAGCAUUAAUGGAAUUGAUCGCACUGGACUUGAUUUUAUCGCUUUGGAAGAUCCAAAAUUAGUGCUUCCACAAAGCUCACGGUGGCAUGUGUUUGCAGCUUUUGGGACUUUAAAGGGUGGUCGAGCUGACUGGCUGGUUGAAAAGUGCACAGAGUUGGGGGCCAGUAGUGUAACCCCUUUGCUGACGGAACGUUCUCCUUCAAUUUCAGAAAAUCGGGUGGAUCGAUUGCAACGUGUCAUUCUAGCUGCUGCUAAGCAAUGUCAACGUCUGCAUGAAAUGACUCUGAAUCCUCCUACAACAAUUGAUAGCCUCUUACCUAUUGUCACCCAGUCAAAGCUAUCCUUGGUGGCUGUUGCAGAAGCUACUCCUGUUUUUAGUGUGUUGACUUCAUCAAGAAAAGAAUCUACUGGGCUAAUGAUAAUUGGUCCGGAAGGGGACUUCACUGAGAAAGAGCUGAAUAUGAUGAGGGAAGCAGGUGCUACAGCUGUUGGUCUUGGGCCUCACCGACUACGGGUUGAAACUGCAACAAUAGCACUUUUAGCAACUUUAAUGCUAUGGUCCGACUCUGAGAGGCCGUCUGAACCCUAGUCACAUUUACAGGUGGGUUCUCCUGGCUGGCUGUAUCUAGGGAAGGUUUUGGCUUCCUCUCUUAUAGAAAUUUCUCAUUUUCUUUUUCAUGGAUGGACCUAUUACUUUUCACAUUUAUAAUUCUUUUUGUUGAUGACCAACUUAGGAGGACCAUUGAAGUCUUUGUUUCUUAUCUCAUUUGCAUGGACCACUGACUUUUUAUCAUGCAUAUCCCCACACCCCACAUCCCAUUUUGUUACACAAGUACCACAGUUUAUUUAAUAUGCUUUCUCUUAUUCUAUGUAGACUCUGACAUAUGCCAUGCUGUGUUUGACUAUAACAUUGUUGUUUUAAUGUGUGAA